GCUCAGUGGCUAAGACACUGAGCUUGUCGAUCAAAAAGGUCAGCAGUUUGGCAGUUUGAAUCCCUAGUACAGGUCUCCGGGGGUUGGACUAAAUGACCUCUAAGAUCCCUUCCAACUCUGUUACUGUUUACUGUUUAUUUACAUGCAUGCAAGAAAUAAUACUGUAUAUUCUGGAUCCCCAGCAAAGCUUUUGAUACUUUGCUGAGCACACAUAAGCAACAGCAAACCAGGUCUUAUAUAGGGGGACAAAGAAAAAAUUAUAGGUGAUAUUGGAAUAUUUUAAAGAAACUUCAAAGAUGCUUUUUCAAAAGGCAACUGGACUAUUUCUCCCCACCAUCCAGUCAAAACUGAUGAAGCUUCUUGGAGGAGAAGUGAAACAUCUUCUUCUACCUCAAACAAACAAACCAAAAAAACAGCCCACUUGCUUUUUGAAAAACCAACUAUGAGACAGUUAUGACCUGGAUGACUGAGAAUAUCCAUAGACAUUUUAAAGAAACCCAUCCAAGUGACCAUAAUAUGAUUUAUCCCUUCCUACUAAUAGUCAUACUAUUUUGGGCCUUGUUCUGACCUAGGCUUCCUUAGAAAGUAAGCAGCACAAACUUAGUCCCGGCAAACCUCUUUAAUUCAUACGGCUGUAAAUUACUUUCACUUACAGUCUGCAAGGCUUGAUAAACUGUCUUUCAGAGGAAGGUUAUCAACACCAACCUAUCUCAUGUGGAACGCUGCCAAAAAGCUAAUUUCCAGAUUUCCAAACUUGGCAAAGAGUCACACACAGAAUUUUAAAAUCUUGAAUCAAUUCAAUUCUUGAACUAAUUGCUUUCUGCAAAAGCUCAUGUUUCGUUCGCUUCUUUUUUAUGUCUUAUGAGAGGGGCCAAUCAUCUCCAAGCCUUACUCUGAAGUCAACCCUUUUUCCUUAAUUGUUCCUGUGCACACUGGGAACAGGCCCACGCUGUUCUUCUGCCUCGCUGAUGUCAGAUUCCGGAGACUCCGGAGGCAGCAGAGAACUACCAGAUGGCCUUGGCCCCCUCUCUGCAUCCGACUCAGAGUCAUCAUCCGUGUGAGGGAUCUCACGAAGAACGAUGGUUCGUUGAGGGCGCUUCCAAGAAAAGGCUGCUGGCAACAGAAAUACUGGACAAGCCAAAUCAGCAGGAAUGUUGGGGAUUAUUGCCAUUUUACUGUUUCUGGAAUUGGCCAUGAAGAUACAGCCUCUUAAGUGCACUGGAGAUGAAGCCAUUCAAAUUCCACAGGAAUGGUACCAGGAGGGAGACCUUCUCAUUGGUGGAUUGGUGUCUCAUGUUCAAUACAUGUCUCCCAAUGUUACUUUCGAUAAACAUCCUUCUGAGGAAUUGGUUGACUUCCCAUUUGUGGUAACCAAGUUCUACCAACACGUCUUGGCUUUAGCAUUUGCUGCGAAGGAGAUCAACAAGGAUCCUGACAUCUUGCCCAACAUCACUCUUGGAUUCCACAUCUAUGACAGCUACUCCAAUGCACUAAUGACCUAUCGCACCACUCUGGACCUGCUUUUUAAGUUGCAUAAAAUUGUCCCCAACUAUAUUUGUGGGACCGAAAAGAAAGUGAUGGGAAUUAUUGGAGGGAUGAGCCCUGAAACUUCCAUACGCAUGGCAGAAAUUUUGCAGCUUUUCAAGAUCCCACAGAUUUCAUAUGGCUCAUUUCAAUUGGCAGCGACUGAUGAAUCACGUUUCCCGCCUUUUUAUCGCAUGGCCCCCGAUGAAGCUCUCCAGUACAAGGGUUUAAUCCAGCUCCUCCUGUACUUUGGAUGGAAAUGGGUAGGACUUGUCAUUGUAGAUGACAAACAUGGAGAACAUUUCCUACAAACUCUGGAACCCAUGCUCUCUCAAAAUAAAAUCUGCUCCGAAUUCACCGAAAGGAUUGACAGAAAUUUACAUUCUUCUGAAGGAUUAGACUUGGCUGAACGUUGUCUGAGGCAUAUUACUUUGUUCACAGAGAAAACAGCAAAUGCAGUUAUUAUACAUGGAGAAAAUACAGUCUUUGUGUGGCUGGCCUCUAUUCUACAAGGCACCGAAUUUUUCCUUCCAACAUCUUUGGAUUCUUCACAGAAAAUUUCCACACCAAAAAUGUGGAUCACAAUGGCCCAAAAUGAUUUCACAUUAUAUUCCUUACAAAGAGCUGUCGAUAUGCAAACGUUCCAUGGAGCACUUUCCUUCUCAAUUAGCACAAGAGAACCUCCAGGUUUCCAACAAUUUAUACAGGCCAUCACCCCAUCUGAGGCAAGUCAAGAUGGCUUUAUUAGAGAUUUCUGGAACCAAGCUUUUUGCUGUUCACCACCAAAUAAUGGUGUUUCUCAAGAUGAGGAAUGUACUGGAGAAGAAAGACUUGAGGACCUUAUUGCACCCUUCUUUGAAACCAGAAUACUUGGCCAUAGUUACAGUAUUUAUAAUGCAAUCUAUGCUGUGGCUCAAGCAUUAAAGGCUGCUCAAACAGUGAGGACUUAUCAGAAGAUACAAAAGGAUCAAGGGCGAUCAAAGAUUGUAGAAGCCUGGCAGCUCCAUUCGUUUCUGCAGAGAAUUUCCUUCAACAACAAUGCUGGAGAUGAAAUUAAAUUAAAUGAAAGGGGAGCACUAGAAGAUGGAUUUGACAUUGUAAAUUUGGUUACUUUCCCAAACAACUCCUAUAUCAACAUUCCAGUUGGAGAGAUAGAUUCACAAAGAGGAACUUUCCUUAUUCAUCAAGACAAAAUCCAGUGGCAUCAUGGAUUCACUCAGGUCCCUCCUCCCUCCUUAUGUAAUGAGCCAUGUCCUCUUGGAAAAAGAAAGAACAAGAUCGAAGGGCUGAAGUUUUGUUGCUACACUUGUGCUCCCUGUCCAGGAAAAAUGAUAUCCAGACAAAUGGACAUGGAGAAUUGUGACAGUUGUCCAGAGGAUCAGUUUCCAAACGAAGCUCACGAUGAGUGCAUUCCAAAGACACUGCAUUUCCUCUCCUUUGAAGAGCCACUGGGCAUUACUCUGGUGUCUCUCUCUCUUUUUUUUUCCCUACUUACAGCUUUGGUGUUUAUAAUCUUCAUUAAGCAACGGGACACUCCCAUUGUCAAAGCCAACAAUCGCAACCUCACCUACCUUCUACUUAUCUCCCUCUUUCUCUGUUUCCUCUGCUCAUUUCUGUUCAUUGGAAAGCCCAAUAGGGCGACCUGCCUCCUCCGGCAAACUAAUUUUGGCAUCAUCUUCUCUAUUGCGAUCUCUUCUAUAUUGGCCAAAACCAUCACAGUCAUCAUAGCAUUCCUAGCAUCAAAGCCAGGAAGCCUAUUCCACAAAUGGGUGGGGCAAAAGUUGGCCUAUUCUAUUAUCUGGUUCUGUUCCUUCAUUCAAGUAACUAUUUGUGCCAUCUGGCUGAGUACAUCUCCCCCAUUUCCACAUUUAGACAUGGAGACACUCUAUGGAGAAAUGAUAGUCGAAUGUCAUGAAGGCUCCAUCAUCAUGUUUUACUGUGUCUUGGGCUACAUGGGCCUCUUGGCUCUUCUCAGCUUCACUGUGGCCUUCCUAGCCAGGAAGUUGCCAGACAGUUUUAAUGAAGCCAAGUUCAUCACCUUCAGCAUGUUGGUUUUCUGCAAUGUUUGGCUGACCUUUGUCCCCACCUACCUGAGCACCAAAGGGAAGUACAUGGUGGCUGUGGAGAUCUUCUCUAUCCUGUCUUCCAGUGCCAGCUUACUGGGAUGCAUCUUCAUCCCCAAAAUCCAUAUAAUUAUACUGAGGCCUGAACUCAACACUAGAGAACAAUUAACACAUAAAAAAUAAAAAAAGGAACAAGAUUCCAAUUUGAAUA